CGCCAUAAAACUCCACCAGAAGACGAAGAGGGCGCUGGAAAGUUACGAAAGCUUUGCAUGUCCUCUUCUGGUGUCUGACAUCGCGUUUGUAGCUGUGCUAACUGUUUAUGUUGGGUUAGCAUUUUUGUUUUUUUACAAAUGGAAAUUAUUUUAUAAAAGUAGUUAAAUUGUAAGAGAAACGUACUUUAUUCGGUGUGGUGUACAUUUUGUUCCGACAUAUAAGGUCUGAUUAUGGAAGUACUUUGACAUUAGCUAACUUAAACUUGUUGUAUCAGAUGAGAACACGUCUUUCUACGGUAAGUGAGUCGUGUCCUCUGGAACCUUCCUCUUCACAAUGACAGAACAGCAAGGAGAGGGAUGGGGAGGCGUUAGUAUCCUUUAGAAGAUUUGGGAAUAGGUUGACCGUAGUGCAUUUGUUACCACUUAUGACCGACAUUUAUACACCAUUUGGAGUUGUAUUAGUUUUUUUUUGUUCAUUUUUACAAUAUUCCUUAUGUCUGUGACUUUUCAGUACAGCUGCAGUGGUUCAGUAAACCCUUAACUCAUAAUGCACCCUGACCUGUCCCCUCACCUGCACACAGAUGAGUGCAAUCAAUUCAUAUCUCUCCUCAGGCAGUGCCACAAAGAGCACAAUUUUUUGAAGUUCUUCGGCACUUGUAAUGAUUUGGACCGUGCAAUGCGUGAGUGCCUAAAAAGAGAGAGACUGGAAAAGCGAGAGCUCAGCAAGAAACACGCGGAGGAAAUGAGAAAAAGGCUGAAAGAAGGACCGAAGGACAGUUUCUGAAGAUGGUUUUACUUUUUUGGGACACUGAACAAAGCAUGAAACUACACGAGUAGCGUUCAUUGCUCUAUUGAAUCUAAAGGGGGUACAAGGCUAUCCCUGCUUGUUAAAGUGUGCUUUACUCGAGCAUUUAAACAUUUGGAAUGAGUGCAUAAUAAUACAAUUAGGUGGGUGUGCAUAAAACACUUUGGAUCGAGGUGGAACACAAACCUAAAGGUUAACGUUACAACCCAUCUGUCUCCACAGAGCUGAAGAUUUUUGCUGCUGUCAUCACUUUUUUCCCCACUACAGCAGUGCCCCUCUGUGAAACUCGUGUAGUUGUAAGAAGUGAUCAUUUCAGCCCAAUUAAUGUCUUGUGUGCAGUGGAUCUCAGGAAUGUCUUUUAACUUUAUUGUUCACGAAAGCAAGGAUUAUGCACCAAUGAAUGUUGAAAGUUUGGUACAUUGGUGAAUCAUAUUGAUUCAGGUUUGAAUAAAGCGAAUUAAUUACAUGAAUUCUUGACUCAUUUAAUAAAAUAUUACAAUGGA